UACCAGUUUCAUGAAUUGUAUUUUGCUUUUGUACAAAGCUGAGAAAACAUUUUGGCAUGGCUGACAAUGAAGAGUGUGCCACGCUGAUCACCUCAAUCUUCGAGUUGGGCUCUGUUGACGGUUGAAUCAUGGUUAAGGCAUAAGGCGAUUCAGCGUUUGGAACAGCUAUUCUUCCGAGCUUACGUAGAAGGGUCUUUUAAAAGACUUGUCCAAUCAUUGAACGCUGCAGAAGAGAGAAGAAAAUCGACCAUGAGCAGUUCCUCGACUAAGAACUCUUACAUUGCUGGGUCAUCCAACGCCCAAGCUGCGGAGGAGGACCUAAUCUCUUAUGUGGAGAAAGCAUAUUCUUUGCUAAUGUCCGCCAAUAUGAAGGCUUUGAGGUUGAUAUUUGCGAAACUUUUUAAAAGUCCGACAGAAGAAGGAUUUAAAGUGAUGAUGAACGAAGUGGAUGGAGUUUUUGAUCACUUUAAUACCAACCAGAUUUUAAUCAUCAAGAAGUCAAUCAAUGCAUUUCUUGAAGGAGGCUCUUUAGACCUCUCAGAAUUUCAAAGGUUGAACGAUGAGCAAGACGAUUUGGCCACAGAUAUUGAACUUAUUAUGGAGAGCACCAAUUCAGAAGAUCAGGCAAAUCCAAUGCCUGCGCAAAGAGCUUUACCAACCAGAGCUUCACAAUCUAAACCAACUGGUGCGGUCCCCAGUCUGGACAGUGGCAGCAAAUCAAGGAAAUGGUCUAUUGGUUGGAAGGCAUCGGUGUCAAGUGCAUUGAACAUACGACGGAGGCAAAGAAUUAGAAAUCCAAGCAGAAUAAUCUAUCUACAGUUCUUACUCGUCAGAGUUAUGGAUCGAGCAGUUAAAAAAGUAGCUCUUGGACCACUUGAAGUUGUUCCAAAGUCGAAGGCCACCAGAGAACAUCUUCGUAACAUUUUAAGUUCGCAUUACCUUUUAGGAGACCUGAGUUAUGAACUUCAGGAGGAGAUUAUUGAUGCCUUUCAAGAUGUUCGAGUCUCAGCAGGGACAGAAAUUAUUAAACAGGGUGAUGUUGCUGAUAAUUUCUAUAUCAUUGAUGUCGGUGACUUCGACAUCUUGGAUCAAAAGGGGAGUGAUCAAGGAAUACUAGUGCGUACGAAAACCUCUGGUGAUAGCCUUGGUGAAUUGGCUCUGAUGUAUGACGCCAAGCGUAAUUUUACUGCCAGAGCAACAACCCAUGGGCUCCUGUGGGGCGUAAAUCGUGCUGAAUUUAAGUCGAUCUUAACAAGGCAUUUUUCUGGGUCACUCCUUGCUCAGGUGUUGAGAGAGGCACCUAUUUUCAAGAAGUUAGCAACUCGUGAUAUCGUAAAAAUGUGUAGCAAUUGUACCGUCUUGAAAUUUCAGAGGGGGCAAGCUAUCAUUAAGGCUGGCGUGACAAUGGAUAAGGUGUAUUUCGUGCAAGAGGGACAGGUAAGAAUGACUUGGGGUGCAACAGUAGGAAAUGCAAUGCCGGGAAGAGGAGCUAUCAGUGGUGAGACAUUAGCUCUUUUGGAUAGAUUGGAGAUCCUUGGUGAAGCAAUACUUUUGAAUGAUGAAAUCAUUAGCUCAUGGAACUUCAAUGCUGCAGCAGACCAGACGGAGAUCAUAUGUAUACCUCGGACAUUUUUCACCAAAGAUGUUCUGAUCAACAUUAGAAAAGGCCUUCAGAUACAGCUUGCAUCUGUAGGACUUCAGCGAGUUCCUGCGUUUCUGGAGCUUAACAGUGAUCAAAUUAUUCACUUGGCUCAAAAAUUGUCGGAAUCUAGCUAUUCAAGAGGGGACGAAAUCACAAGAUAUGGAGACAUAUUGGGUGCCGAUGCUCGUAUAUAUGUUGUUCAAAUGGGAGUUAUUUCAAUGCACAAAGGUGCUGUGGAUCCUAACCUUCUAAAAAAUAGGCCUACUUCUUUUGCGAAGACAUCUACAUCUGGGACGCCGGUUCCAUCCUCUGCUCCAGCAAGUUCGAGCUCAGUUUCAGCAUCUCCUGUUGGUAAAGAUGCGCCGGUGGCGCCAACUCAGGAUCGGAAAACUACGGAACGACGGGCUAUGAGCGUCAUGCAAGUUGGUGCAGGGGCCCCAGCUUGGACUUUUCCUACAUAUGGAGUGUUUGGAGAUGAAUGUCUGCAGAAUUCAGUGAAAAAUGACCAUCAUAAAGCAUCAUACUACAAUACAACAAUUUCCGAAUCACCAUCGGGUGUAAUAGUUUUAUCCAUCUCACUGGCUGAUGUCAUAUCUGUGUUAGGACCUAUUCAGGAUGUUCUCUCUCGUAUUUCGAACUUGAAGAAUCUCAGGAAGGUGAAAUAUCUAGAAUUUUUGACUCCCAAUGAACUCGAUAAACUAUCACACUCUCUGGGUCUGCGUAUUUUACGACCAGGAGAGGCCGUAUAUAGAGCUGGAGAGCCUGGGGAUCGUCUCUACAUUGUUAAAAGAGGAACAGUAACGGAGGUUUCGCAAAAUGCAAAAGGUCAGGAACCUCUUAUCUUGGGCAAGGGAGCUGUCUUCGGAGAAGAUGCACUUAUGAGCAAUGAGGCUCGAUUGGUCACCAUGGCAUCGGGGCCUGCCGAACCCCCCAUGACAGGAGGUGCCGAACUCUUUUAUUUGGAUAGGGCCGUUGUAGAGGCUCAGUUGGGAUCACUGAUGGAAUUGAAUGAGAUCAGAAAGCGUGAAAUUGAGAUGCGGGGUCUUGUGAAGAGUAUAACUUUUGCUGAACUUCAAGAAAUCGGACUGCUAGGAACUGGGUUGUUUGGCAAAGUGAAAUUGGUUUAUAGUCGAAAAACAAAAGAACAUUAUGCCCUUAAAUGCGUCAGUAAAGCUAAGGUUGUGCGUAUGAAUGAAGAAGAACAUUUGCGGAAUGAGAAGAUGUACAUGGCAGAGCUUGACCAUCCUUUUAUCAAUAGGUUGAUCCGAACGUACAGAGACCAAACUCAUGUUUAUCUGUUGGAAGAGUUGACGACUGGCCGGGAGCUAUUUUUAUUCCUGCAACGUGUUGGACGAUUGCAAGAAUGGGAGGCUGCUUUUUAUGCUGGAGGUGUCUUACUUGCAUUAGAGUACAUGCAUGGAAAAGGUAUAGCUUAUCGAGAUCUUAAACCUGAGAACACUUUGAUUGCGGAAAAUGGGUAUCCAAAGUUGAUUGACAUGGGCUUUGCUAAGCGUCUGUAUAACCGACGCACUUAUUCUAUGUGUGGUACGCCUGAUUACAUGGCUCCUGAGAUCAUCAAAAGACAGGGUCAUGGCAAGGGCGUCGACUAUUGGGCUCUAGGAUGCAUGAUUUUUGAAAUGAUCACAUGUACUAGCCCAUUCAAUAGCGGCAACGACCCGCCUCAGAUGGUGUUCCAAAAGGUUGUCGAGGGCAAGAUCAAAUUCCCUCCUUACAUGAGUGUCAAUGCCGUUGACAUUGUGCGGAAGUUGCUGGAUCCGAACCCCGAGACACGGCUUGGAAACCAGAAGUCCGGCAUUGCUGAAAUAAAGGAGCACCCUUUCUUCACAAAAGAGAUCAAUUUUCAGCUUCUCAUACGACAAAGGGAAGAGGCCCCGAUGGUGCCCCCCAAAGUUGCAGACUUCAAGAGUUUGUGCAUACCUGACGACCAGACUGAAAGGCCUGAACCCCCACCUCCAAAUCUAACCAAUUGGGAUGACGUGUUUUAAUUUGUAGUUUUAACUUUCAGAGGAAAUUGCUGAUUGUUUAGACAUGCAUAAAUAUUCUUUUAGCAUAUUUGAAAUCACCAUGACAUCGUAAGCUUGCAACGACUUUGAAUGAUCUUAUCACCUCAUGGUUUUGCAAGUCGAAUGUCUUUGUCUUCUAUGUCGAUUCACAGAACUGGGUCACAUGAGAUUUUGCUUCAAGAUCAUGGUUUCUACAUCAGUGUGAUGAAGUCAUCUCAUGCAGUGAAGCCCUUCCCUAUGUGUUGUCUUUCAUAAAUCCU